UGCGCGUGUGUGUAGCGAAGUGCAUUCGCUCUCGGUAUAGUAAGGCAAUUUGGAAUCGCGGGAGUGUACGGCUGAAAUCUACGUCACGAAUAAUUAACCGAGUGUGGUAGCGUGACUGGAGUGUUGUGGUCCUCGCAGCAGUCCUCGACUCGAGUUCCGCGUCGCGUUUCAUAUCCGGUGUUAAUUUUCAACCAACUCUCCGACGAUUCUUAUCGUGCCUCAACGACCUGAGUUAUUAUUUUUAUCGGAAUUCACAUUUUUUCGUUAAAUUAAUAAAAUGCUGAACGGCCUCGCUGUAGCGUCAAUUUGGGCGGCGUUUAUAAUCGUUUCUCGAGGAUCUCCUUUGCCACCUGAGCCUCCUGAAACAGCAAAUGGAAACUCGGAUUUUCGACUAGGAAUCGUCGUCUCCCCGCUGAUGAGUUACAAAAUGAUCCGAGAGAUCGGUAUCUAUUGGAAAAUCCUGGAGCUUCUCGACGGUGACAAGUUGGUGCUUCACAACGAUCAUCCGGCAAUUAGUGGCGCCGAAAUUAUUUACACUUUUCAGCCCAAAGACACACGGGGCUUUCACAAAACUGGGGUACGAGGCGAAUUCGUUGCAACCUCCGAUUUAACGUUUCGAGAACAAUGUUUGAAAUAUCACGUUUCGUGGAUGAGAAAUGGAACGAUCGAAGGUACGAAAUGCUUGGGAACGCAUCCGAAUUGGAUGAGGGAGAAAGAAUCAGUUCUAGGCUCGAAGAGAUUGAACGAGAUUUUUAUUCCCGGUACACACGACUCCGGAGCUUAUUUCAAAAGUGAAAAACCGAAAAUGGAAACUCUCGUCGACAAAUACAUCAUCACGCAAGACGAGGACGUACUUAGCCAAUUAAUUUACGGGGUAAGAUACUUGGAUAUAAGAGUCGGUCGGUAUCCAGGUAUCCAAGAUCUUUGGUGGAUCAAUCAUGGAUUUUUCAGCGUCCAUCCGCUCAGACUUGUGAUCGACGAUGUCAAAACAUUUCUCGACAAUACUCAAGAAAUCGUGAUAUUCGAUGUUCAGGAGUUUCCGGUUGGAUUCGCUGGAAUGGGUAACAAAUAUCACGAGGAGUUGAUCGCUUUCCUGGAGAAAAGUUUUGCCGGUUAUUAUCUACCGAAAAAUAAUACGAAAGGAUGGGGAAUGACUCUUGACGAUAUUUGGGCAACCGGUAAACGACUCAUAAUUGGUUACGAUCAUUCUAAAGUUUGGCCGUCACACGAGAGCACGUGGUCCCCGGUGACCCAUCGAUGGCCGGACGUCAAAACGUUGGAUGACUUGUACAGCAAAGUCCACAAAUACGAGGAAGGAAUCGAUCCUGUGGACAACUAUGAACAAACCGACCGACCACCGAGCUCUGUAAUGGCCCAACUUACUCCAGACGCGAUGGAUGCCCUUUUGGAUUCGCUCGGUGGACUGAGAAAAAUGGCUGAGCUUGUUAACAUGAAUGUCACAGAUUCCUACAACGAACUGUGGAAAUGUACGGCCAAUAUCGUGUCGAUGGAUUACAUUAAAUCGUCUGGAAUAAUCGAGACAGCUUUGAAUAUGAACAACAGAAAUUUCACCGGGUGCUAAUGUCGGAAUAUUCAACGUUGUUUCAUUUUGCAGAACCUUUUUAUUCUGCUAGACAAUUGAAUAAAUAGAAAAUCAGCAGGGAA